AUAGUUGUUUACUUAGUUACGGUUGCGAUAUACAAUAUAUUCUUCUAUCCGCUUGCUAGAUUCCCUAGGCCUAGAUUGCGAGCUGUAUCGGAGCUGCUAUAUUUUCUUUGUCUUGUUCGAGGAGAUACGCCUAAGAAAACACUAGAUUUGUAUAAUAGAUAUAGUCCGAUUGUAAGAGUUUCGCCUAACGAAUUGUCUUUUAUUAGCCCUGUAGCUAUUAAAGAGAUCUACGGCUCUAUUCUAGGACGACCCGAGCUACGUAAAGAUAAUAAGUAUUAUAGCGGUAUAGGCGAGGCGACCCUACUCUUUAGCGACAAGGAAUAUUACUCCUAG